GUGAAUAAGGUUUUUGCUCUUUAAGUGAGUACGUUUUUGAUUACGUUUUAAAUUUUAAAUAUUAAUUUUCGUAGUUAUAAGUGUGCCUUUUUUAUAAAUCUUUAGAAGAUAGCAAUGGAGAAAUCAAAUAUGAGUCAAACAGAGUACAUGCCAUGUCCACAAAAUCCUCCUCCACCCGGAGUUUCACCACCAGAUCUUGCUCCACCACAAUAUGCACCACCACAAUAUACUCCAACACAAAGUGAUGUACCAUCAUAUGCACCACCACAAAGUGUUCCGGUACAGCAAGUUCACACAACCACAGUUUUACAUUCUGUUGCUCCAUUGACCCAGUAUGGACCAAAACAACAAAAUGUAACAUGUCCGAGUUGUAAUAACAGAAUUAUAACCAAAACGGAAUCUAAAGCGACCUCAAAAACUCAUUUGUGGGCAUUUUGUCUGUUCAUAUGCGGAUGUUGGCCAUGUUGUUGUAUACCAUACUGUAUGGAUUCAUGUAUGAACACAAAUCACUACUGUCCAAACUGUAGCGCAUUCCUUGGUACUUACCAAAGUUAAUAACUUUAAACAUUUUUAGUGUGUAUUCGGUUUAUAUUUAUAUCUAUAGUAAGUUUUUAUAAUACAUAAUUCUUAUGUAAUUCUUGUAUAAUUAAGAAUAAAAUUAUUAUCACAUAUUA